AUGGGUCGCUCUCGAGAGCUCAGUGAAUUCAGGCGUGGUACCGUGAUAGGUUGCCACCUGUGCAAUAAGUCCAUUCGUGAAAUUUCCUUGCUACUAAAUAUUCCACGGUCAACUGUUAGUGGCAUUAUAACAAAGUGGAAGAAACUGGGAACAACAGCAACUCAGCCACGAAGUACGCAUGUGCAGAAGUCGCCAGCUGUCUGCAGAGUCAAUAGUUAGAGACCUCCAAACUUCAUGUGGCCGUCAGAUUAACACAACAACAGAUGCGUAGAGAGCUUCAUG